AUGUCUACCUCAAACGGAUCAGUCCAAUCUGCACAUGACAUUACUCUCUAUCGGGCCAGCGCUCAUGCGCUCAGCUUCCGUCCCACGCCCUCACAUGCAAACCUCUCGCAUGCAGACCCAAUACCCUUCGAUGGCAACUUCCAGGUUGACCGCGAUGGAUUUCUAUCAUCCCCACACAGAGCCGGGGGCCCUAUUCUGUGCUCUCUUUUGGCGAGACCCGCAGAGCUCAGCCCGGAAUUUGAGAGUGAAACUCGAUUCCGUUCUCGACAUUCAAAGAUGCUCAGGGCCAUUUCCAAUAUCCUCCGCGACCGUGGUAUUGAGUAUUUAUCUUUGUCACUCGGAGGUCGUCGCUCGAUUGUCGACCCGGAAGAAGAAGCUCUACCGACAUGUUUGAUCAUUACGAAGCAGAAUCCAAGGGGUGCCACCGGUCUAGCAAAGUACAUUCACCAAAUCCUUCGCCGGCUUUUUCAGCUAAAAGUCAACGUCGACAUCAUUGAGAGCUUCACGCUAAAACCUCUACGAUGCAUCCCGGUUCACUCAUCAGAAGCGAUUUAUAGACUCUGGGACUCCAUCGCCUCUGAUAUCAUUCGCACACUGCAUUGCAAUGACUGGGCCGGAAUUGGAUGCUGGCGAUAUGGCAUGAGUGAGACGCCACAGGGAAACCCAAUAACUGUGAUCGUGCGUGUGCGAAAGGAAUCGAAUCGAAAUUGGUCCGCUGCUGGAACAGAAAUUCAAAAUCUUCUCGGGUCCCGCGGCAUACGAAAUACCAACGUCCUGUUCGAGAGAAACAGUGUCAUCUGGUGCUUCAACCCACCUCUGCUCGAAGUCGAUGCUAUCACACAAGCGGUCUACCCCGGUGUCAGUCUGGGAAUUCACUCUAGCAUGGCUGGCAGCUCCACACUCGGGGGCCUGGUUGAGCUUCACUGGCGAGGUAAACCCUCGAGGAUCUUUGCGCUUACCGCAUUUCACUGUGUCUAUCCGCCACAUGGUCGUCGUCAAGGGCCCCUUGCCACUGGUCGGGCCCAGGAAGUCUUCAAACGUUGGGAGACUAGCCCUCUACGGCCGCAAGAACGAACGCAGGUCCAGGGGCUUCUAGAAAUCGACCACCCUUCCCUUGAAGAUCUCAAGAAUACUCUCGAAGACCUCGAUCUGUAUAUUCAGCGCACUGAGACCCGAAGAUUCCGAGACAUAGCGCAGGCCAUUAGGAGCCAGGAAGCAGAUCCAAACAUGUGCUUCGUGGACCCAAGGGACCGAAAUUGGUACAAUACCCAGCGGCAAGCUUCAGAGACUCUGAGGCGACAGCGUGACAAGGUGCGAAGUUUCAUUGAAAGGGAGACCUACACUCUUGGCCCAGUGUUUGCUGGAAGUGAAUUAUGGCGAUCUCAGAAUCAUACUUAUCGGCCUUUCAUACUUGACUGGGCUUUGAUAGAAAUUCCUGAGGAAAGACGUGGGACCAACACACCUUACCGCUAUCGCCAUACAAGGCCGUUGCUGAGCUUCGAUUCCACAACGCAUCCAGAGCAUGAUAAUGAGUACUCUAAAGUCGGACGCUCCACAGGCUACACCAGCGGGAAGUACUCAGGUUUAAGGGAGGUACACCUCCACAAAGUCGACGACCAGUUCAUAGAGACGUGGGAGCAUACAGUAUCCUCAGGAUUCUCGGAUCAACCGUUUGCACAGCCUGGAGAUUCUGGGUCCUUUGUUUUUGAUCCCGCGUCACGCGAAGUAGUUGGCCUCUUCCUCGGAGGACGGCCCAACGGCACUGGAAUUUUCACCCCCCUCGAAGCAGUGUUCAGUGACAUCAAGGAUAUUACGGGAGCGAGUCAUGUUCAGGUAGCCUGA